AUUAAUAAUCUGCUGAUGUUCAGUGUCACAGGAGGCUGGGUGCCACUGAGGGGGGCGGUGCACCUCUCCAGCAGACCCCUCCCGCCCCCAAACCCCUUCUCACACUGUGACCAGCAGCCAGACAGUCAGUCAGGCAGCAGCCUUCUCACUACAAACCGACACUACUCUCCACCACCGCGGUCACAGCAGCGUCUCAUGCCUUCACCUGCUCCCGGAUAGACAGCCGUCCAUCUGUCCGUCCGUCCCUCCGUCCAGACAAACGGUGUGUGCAGGUGAAGAUGCUGGAAAACGGGAGGAAGGUGUUCAAGGAGGGUCUGCUGGAGAAGCGGAGCGACGGGCUGCUGCAGCUCUGGAAGAAGAAACACUGCGUCCUGACCGAGGACGGCGUGCUGCUGCUGCCGCCCAAACAGCACGACCAGCCGCAUCACCACCAGCCGCACCACGGCGGCGGGGACUCGGGCAAAGUCAAGGAGCUGCACUUCGCCAACAUGAAGACGGUGGACUGCGUGGAGCGCAAGGGCAAGUACGUGUACUUCACGGUGGUAAUGACGGAGGGGAAGGAGAUCGACUUCAGGUGCCCGCAGGACGAAGGCUGGAACGCGGAGAUCACCUUGCAGAUGGUCCAGUAUAAGAACCGGCAGGCGAUCCUGGCCGUCAAGUCCACCCGGCAGAAGCAGCAGCUGCUCGUCGUGCAGAUGCCCGGCCAGAAGACGAUCCGCAGCUCGCCAAACGUUGCGUGACCUGCGGCGAGUCCCGCGGACAGUGGUGCGACAUUAUCGGUUAAUUGGACACUCAGCUGGAGGAUGAAUAUCGAGCCGGGCUGCAUCUCCCCCUGCUGCUUCGACGCCACCGAGCUCCAUUCUCCAGGAGAACUCCCUCUUCCAUGUAGUGGUUUCCACAGACCAGCACCCCACCACCACACCGCCCCCCUUUUCAGAUACAGAGACUUAUUUCACAAAAGACUGAUGGACAAAAAGCAUGUGAGAAAACAGCUGUGUUCUACCGUGCGAUGGGUUCGUCCCUUAUUUAUUAUACGUGUAUAUAUAUUUUCUAUAAAAAAAUGUUACGUUGUUGAUGAAUGUUCAGUGUGGUUGUUGCUGGAGUGGAACAAGAAAUACUCGCUUGGAGAUUCAGAUCCUACACAGUACACACAAAGUCCGCUGGGAAUAAUCUUACAUAGUUAUCUUAGGAUGCUUGCUGUAGGUUAGUCAGAUCAGUUCAUUACUGCUAAAAUGUGUCAUUGUUUUCAUUUUUCAACUGAACCAAAGAAUCAUUUCAUUACAUCUCUCUCUCUCUCGUGCAGUGUUACAGCUCAGAAUAUACUAUACUGAACCACUAUAGAUAUAUGAUGAGAUGCCUGCAUGAUCUAUACCUUAUUUGUUUGAUGGUUUGAUUUAUUGAUUGCUACAGUACAUCUUAGUGUUUUUUUUUUUCCGUGUGCAUCAGUCAUUUUCCGUCAUUCUCUUGCAUUCUUCUUGUGAGUCUUAAAUUGGAGUAAGAUACUUCGGUUUGUCUUCAGUGGUUACAGAGAAGAGCUUAGUAAUAUAGUAAUGCACAGUGGAGGUUUUGAUAUAUUGACAAUUUUCAGGAGCUGAGCUGCCCUAAAGACAAUUUAAAUGGUUGUAUUAAAUCUUAGUGGGUCGAGACAAAUUAUGACUAUUUUCUGGCUUGGUACGUGCAGUCUGAAACUUAAAAGCUGGAGGAAACAAAUACUGCUUCACAUUGAUAACCAACAAAAAACAUUUUAAACUGGAAAUUCAGAUAGCCAACUUCCUCUGGGUUUAAACUGAGUUCAAACCUAUUUGCUGAGUCGCCAGACUUCCUGCUGACUCACAGAAAUAAUUCAUUAUGACACAGCUCUUCCUGAGUUUAAAUUUCCUUUUUUGGGAUCCAAAGGCUCAAAUUGUGAUUACAUUUCAACAUGUUUAAAUGAAAGACAUUUCUUUAAACGUCUUCCUGGUCCAGUGGAUGUCAUGUGACCUCCCUAGAGUCAGCGUAGCGCUGUUACAAGGUUUCAUUGCUCUUCUCUGAUAGUCGGUGAUUGGCUACAAAGCUGUAGGACAAGGCCUGAAAAGUGUGCAAAAUAUCACAAAUGCUGUUCCUGAUAGCCAAGUUAAGCAAAAUCAGACUAUUUGGCUCCAACCACUGACAUUUGUCACAACCAAUCAGAUUACUCCAGUGUCUGCAGCAGCUCUGCCUCUGAGAAAUAUUCAUAAAACUAUAUCUCUAAUCUGCAGCGUCAAUACUGCAAAGCAUGAGCGAUGUGGUUGUUGUGAACUUUUUAGAGGUGGUAAUACAGAGGGUAACACCUAAGACAGGUAACGUUCUUUUUUCCAUGAUGGGGAGGAUGUCUUGUUGUCAGGAAACAUUUUAUGUCACUACACCUCAUGUUGUUUCCUGUUUGCUGGAAGUGUUUCCCCUCUUGCCAGUGUAUCACCGCCAGAGCAACACAUGCCUCCGUGUUGUUGUCAUCUCCCACACAGAGUAAUAGCUGUGCCCUUUAUCUAAUGCGACCGGUGUGAUGCUUCUCUGUCUGACAUGCCUUCCUGUUGCCAUCACUACACAAACAGUUAUAGCUGUGCCCUUUGUAGCCACUGUCCAAUUUCUUAUUUCAACGUGAGAUCUAUUUUCAUACCUCGAAAAAAGAUACAUUCCAUUAAAAAAAACAAAAAACAAAACAGCACG